CAGUACUGACGCUGGCAUUCCAAGAGCAAGAGUCCGAUGUCACGGGCUUUCGAGGUCCCUAUUGGACACGGCCAGACAGUGUCGAUCAGAAUAACCGAGCCUGAACUACGAGCCCAACAAUUGAGCUUGCAAACAUGGACCAGUUCCUUUGUCCUUGCCAGGCAGCUCCAUACACUUGAUGUGCAACCAUCUCGCUCGAGCUCAUUGCCGAUCCUGGAGCUUGGCUCUGGGACUGGACUUGUCGGGUUGACCGCCGCCACGGUGUGGGAGACACCAGUCUGUUUGACAGACUUGGCACCACUUCUCCCUGGCAUUGCUGCAAACAUCGCCCUGAAUUUGAAAUGCACCGGGAAUCGUGUCAACUGUGGCUCACUUGAUUGGGACUCACCGGAGCUGCUCAGCCUCGAGGACGGAAGCACUCUCACCCCAGCCAAAGACCCUGCCUCGGUGAUCUUGGCAGCGGACACGAUUUAUAGCGAAGAACAUCCUGAACUUCUGUCGAGGACAAUCCUGCGAUGGCUCACUCCGGGGCCGUUGGCUAGAGUGAUCAUAGCUUAUCCCUUGCGCGUUGCUUACCUGGAUCACCUUCGUGAGUUAUGGCAGCUUCUAGAAGCGGGAGGAUUGGAGGCUAUUGAAGAAGGCAAAGAGCAGGCAGAUGUCAAGGACUGGGACGACGAAUGCUUGAUCGAAUGGUGCGUUUGGCGGUGGAAGUCAGACAAUAACGUCUCGCAGCGGCCAUGAAAUACGAUCACACGCAAGGACGCGUUCUUGAAGAACUUCAGCUUCGGUAAUCAAAGCAUCGUUGCUCCUGCAAGAGCAUUCCAUGGCUUAUUUGCGAUGCUAUCUUCCUCUUAAAGAUCAGCCGUCGAUCUAGAGAAACAUAUUGUGGAAGCUUUAUCUAUCCCGAGGAUCAUGGUGUCAUGGAUUGGGAUGUGAC